UCAAGAUGGCGUUACACCUGCAGCUGAAUAUGCGCCGACAUGAGAAAUAAACCCGAACAUAUGAAGUAAAUAAAUCUGAUAUUUACGUUUAUUGUUUAGUAAAGUGAGCUGUGAGCCGUAUGUGGACGGAGGAGGCGGUGGGCCCGGACCCGGAGGCUGGGGAGCGCUGGGCCCCGGUCGGUGCGGUCUCUAACCCGGAGGAGGAUGAGGAGCAGAACCGGAGCCGCAGUCCGGGCGGAGACGCGGAGAUGACGGCCCGGCUGCGGCGGCUGGAGGAGGAGCAGGAGCAGCUGCACUCGUCCCUGCUGGCUCUCACCUCGCACUUCGCUCAGGUUCAGUUCCGCCUGAAGCAGAUCGUUCACGGGCAGAGUGAGCAGCACGACCGGGAGCAGAUGCUGCAGGAGCUGGAGGAGUUCGCCUUCAAGGGAUGCCCGCAUGUGCUCGGUACCCGGGCUCAGCACUCACACAACUCGACUGAGAGGGAGAAACGGGAGCGUCUGGAGGCUCAGAGGGAGAAGCAGAAGGAGCUGAUUGUUCAGUUGAAGACUCAGCUGGAUGAUCUGGAGCAUUUCGCCUACCAGGAGGGCAGCUACGACUCUCUCCCCCAGUCUGUCGUCAUGGAGAGGCAAAAGGUCAUCAUAGACGAGCUGAUCAAGAAGCUGGACGUGAACCUGAACGAGGACAUCGGGAACCUGACCCCCGAGGAGCUGCGGGGCCGCGUGGACGCCGCCAUCGCGCAGAUCGUCAACCCCGCCCGGGUGAAGGAGCAGCUGGUGGAUCAGCUCAAGACCCAGAUCAGGGACCUAGAAAUGUUCAUCAACUUCAUACAGGAUGAGGUGGGGAACCCCCUGCUGUCGGACAGAGCGAGCGGCCAGCAGCCUCAAGCAGCAGGACCCAAACCCCCAACCCACAAUGGCAUGAAGCAAGUGGACCCUGAGCGCGCUCAGCAGCUGCGUGCCAACGGUCUGCGCCUGAUCCAGCGGGCGGUGGCGGUGCUGCAGAUCUUCGUCCUGAGCCAGCUGGGAUGUACGGCCGGCGCGGUGCCUCCGAACGCGUGGCCCUCGGCGGACGUGCCGCCGGAUUACGGCCCCCUGCUGAACAGGCUCGAAGGGGCGGUGGAGCGCGUGCGCCUCCUCGCCUCUCGUCUCCAGCACGCCUUCGGUCAGGACGUCCCCGUGGUGAGCUACGCGUCCCCGGCGUCUCCCACGGCCAUGUCGGGACCCCGGCACGAGCUCACGGUUGCGGUGAGGAAGGAUCUGGCCCUGGCGCUCCGGGACCUCCUCGCCCACGGCCUGUACGCCCCGUCCGAGGGCAUGAGCGUGGUGCUGGCACCCAUCUCCUGCCUGCUGCCGUUCUCCGCGUCCGCGCGGCCGCACUCGCUGCACCCCUGGGAGCUCUUCGUUAAGUACUACCACGCCAAGAACGGCCCCGCCUUCGCCGAGUCGCCCGCCCGCCAGCUGGCGCAGUCGUUCAGCCUGCCGGUCGGGACUCGGUCCGCGGUCGUGACGCCCAAGAACUCGCUCCUGUGGGCCGUGCACGGCGUGCUGAGGGAACACGGGCGGUACAAGCGCGGCGCCGACUCCGAGUUCAAGGCGCUGGUGUGCCUGGCGCUCAACGAGCAGAGGCUGGUGUCCUGGAUCAACCUGGUGUGCAAGGCGGGGACUCUGAUCCACGCCCACUACCAGCCCUGGAGCUACAUGGCUCAGACCGGCUUCGAGGGCGCGCUCAAGAUCCUGGGCCGCCUCAGCCACCUGAAGUUCGACCUCCCGGUGGAUCUGGCCGUCCGGCAGCUCAAAAACAUCAAGGACGCGUUCUGAGGGCGUUCUUCCCUCGGUCUCCGUGGAGAUGGAGGUUGCAUCCAAGCGUCCUUAUUAUCCGAAAAUACACUAACGUGUGCUGAAAUGAAUCUAAAUAAGGCUACGUGCAGCCUUCUCUAUGCGCUAUACACACAUUCGUGGUGCAUUAUGGGUAAUCCUCAAUCUCCUGGACACUUGAUGACCGGCUGUGGGGCGGCACAGCGAAGUGGCUGCCAAUCAUUUAAAAUCAAGUAAAAAAUCUAAUCAAUGCUGGAGUGCAUCAUGGUCCCGGGCGUCGUCCUUGCCGUCAAUUAUGAGCGUAGUUUGACAUGUUCUCCCAGUGUACCUCAGGUUUCCAUUCCUCGAUCCUCAUCCGGAUGCCCUUCCUAAAGCAUUCCGCCUAUUUAUCUGGGCUUGGGAACUGCACCUAAGGGUGCACUGAUACCCCCCUCGGUCCCGUCCAGUAUCUAGGUUCAUGCAAUGACCGUGUGAGCCCAGCCUGGAAUUGCAACCCCAUGAAUUGGGGCACUUCUGCCACCAUGAUGAGCAGAUUUCUAGCUUUAUACUGGAGCAUGAUAUCCAAAAUAUCCACAUGUGCAGAGAUUAUCAUGCAGUCCCGCUCCAUACCGACACCGAACAGCCUCAGCGUUUGUGGUUCGGGUAAUAUAAGUGCAUUUAAAUAAAAGGUAGGACUGUAGCGCUGUAAAUGUGCAUCCAUAAGUGGCGCAUGUACACUGAGGGCGGGUGCUGGAGAAAUAAAUUCAAAGAGAAAUUUAUAGAGGAUUUAUAGGUUCAUCAUUAACCUUCUGACACUUGGCGCAUGUGUGAUACGCCUUUCUUUCUGGUGUGUGUGUGUGUGUGUGUGUGUGUGUGUUUUAUAGCAGGUCGAUUCAAACGUGCAGGAAUAAUGUUGUUAUUUGUAAAGUUGGAGGAAAUCAGAGGACGUUUUGCUUCACUCGUACCGUCAACAAAUGCUUUAUAUUUUUGAAACUGAUGAGUCCUGAAUGUACAAUCCACACUACUGUGCCCUGCUAGCUUGUAUUUAGUAUUUCACUACACUGUAUGGCCAAAAGUAUUCAGACACCCGACUGUGGGCUCGUCAGACGUCCCGUUAAUGUGUAUUUGUGGUCCAGCAGAUUAAAAGAUUUGGACGUCUUUAAAAACCCAAGACAGUCGAGGGUGUCUGAAAACAUUUGACUUUUACUGUAAAUAUAGGACUUGAUGAUAUGACACGCUGAGCUCUUGAUUUUUUAGUUCUUGUUUAGUUUUGUUGCACUUUUUUUGCACUUUUACCAACUUGUGAAUCUGCUUUAGUGUCACGUUAGUUUUUGCAUCACUGCUGUCAAAAUAAAUCAUUUCAAUUUCAAUUUUUAGUUCUUGUUGUUAUUAUUAUUAGAUUUGUGUUUUUUUUUCUUUGAGAUAAAAUUAUGUAGAUCUCAGAUCUUUGAAUUGUUAAUGAAGGGGUUCGAGGGAAGUUUUCUGUUCACAUGUAUUUAAUAAAUGUGUGUUUAUUUAAUAUAUUUUGUUGAUUUUAAGAGAUGAGGACCUUAAAGAUAAUAAACCUACAGGCAA